UAUUCAAUACUGCAUUUUUACUUGUGUGAUUUUGAAUCCAUGGCUUUUUGUCAUGGAUUGUUGUUACAUUCAUAUAUUUGUAUUUUUCACUUCAGUCAUGAAUCUGUCACCCUCUUUAACAUUGUAUUCAAUGAUAUCUCAUGCAAACUAUGUGUAAGUUCAAGUGUGAUGGUUCAUCAUCGUCCCCCUCCUCCUUCCUCUUCUUCCUCCUCCCCCACCAGCCCGCACGUGCUGCGUGCUCGCCCCUGAGCCCUUCAUCCCGUGUGUUUCGCCAUUGGUCUGGGAUGAUGUCAUCCACAGUAGAGACAAUAGAGCCCACCUCCCCGUCAGUGUCUCCUCACACACGCAUCGCAGCUCAGAGUGACACACGCUCAGACGUGACGCCAGCUGAGUUAGCCAAGCACUUCUGAUGAUAUUUAUUUAUUUAUCUGUUUAUGUUAAGUCCGGCAGACCUGUGCAUCUUUUACUUAGAGCAGGUUUUCUUAUUAUUAUUCUUUUUUCUUUUUUUUUCUUUUUUUUUUGAAUAAAUCUUUUUGUGUUUUAAAUACAUGAACAAAAGAGCAGGCAGUGAAGGUGUUACACAUCUGGAUCAUACCAACACAUCGGGUCGUGCUACUCGGGCCACUACAGACAUGAGGAUUUCUCUUUCUCUGCUGCGCACAAAUGAUGAACACACCACGGGACUGCCACUCUUGAUCUUUGCAUAAACCCAGAUGCCUCCCCUCCCUCUUGACGAGCGCAUAGUGGUCAUUCAGCGCCCUAAAAAUUUAGCCCUGUGUGAGGCUUCCCCACAAACCAUCCCUCAGCAUUCCUCUCAAAUAUCAGCCUCUUCCAAUGGACAAGUCGCCCACCCUCCCCAUCUCCACCCUUCUCAGUCCCAUUUCUAUUCUCCCUCCUGUAAAUCUCUGACUCUGGAAUGCAAGCGCAGAUCGUCCCGUGUGCAGAAAUUCAAGGCCGACCAGCCUGUCAUCCCAGCGGGUGCCAGACACAUCCCUAGUCACUGCCAUAGCAAUGGCACAGUAACUCUCGGCCCACGACUGCCCUCCCACACACAUACUAUUGAUAUAAGGGUGACCGUGGACAAAGGAGGACGAGGAGGAGGAUUCAGCAAUUCAUUAGGACGCAGCGGAAGUGUAAAAGGUGGCAGAGGGAAAUGUGCCGCUUCACAGUUGGAUCAAGGACAAUGUGAGAGAAAAACUGGAACCACAGGGAGGCCAGGUGGGGUUGAACAUAAGUCACAACGAAGUCGCCACAGUCAACUAUCAGCUGCCCCUGGAGGGGUCCUACAAUUUGUGCCAGCUCAGGCGCAGCAGCAGAAGUUCAGGAGCGAAAAAGAGAAGGAAAACACUAGCUUUAUCAACAGAAGCGACCAAGAAUUUCCUUCUCUAAGUCACAAGAAGAAUUCCAAACUGGGAACUGUCCAUCAAAGCCAUAACAGUCACAGCCUGCCCUACCACCACAACUCUGUUCCUGUGCCCCAUGCCGCCAUCCUAAACUCCAACUAUCCCUCAUCCCCUCCCUCCCAACCUACCCAUGUCCCAAACCCAUUUCAGCAACUCAGCCAACAACUCCCGUCCCGCAGCAGGGAUCACCGCCCCCACAUUCUUCAUGGUCUGCCUCUCUCCCCCUGUUCCUCCCGCGCCGGAGGGUUUCCCAGCCCUGACCACACCUGCACCAUCGACUGCACCCACCCGUUCAGUUGCGGCUGCUGGAGGCUGGUAAGAUGCAGAGGGUGUAAGGCGCACUCCACUAGCUGCCAAGGAGGUGGGGGAAGCUCUUCCACCUCAUUCUCCUGUGUUCACAAUGUCGGAGCAGUGAAGAGAGGAAGCAAAGAAAUGGGCCUGAGAAAUCUUGGUGGGUGUCUCUCCACCGCCUCCACCUCCAACACCUCCUCUUCAAACAGCACUGUGUCUGACUGCCGAGCAAGCCUGUUCAAACCUCUCCGUUGUGCCUCCUGCUCUAGUGAGGCCAGAAACUUUGAGAGUCCUGCUAUCCUUCGCAAAAAACUGGUAGGGGGAUGCCUGCCCUGUACCCCACUGUCCUCCUCGGCCCCUCUCCGAGCAAUACAGAGCUGCGUCACAGGCUGCAACCCCAAAGCCUCUCAGACAGGUAGUUCCACCUGCAGCUACUGCAGCAGCGACCCCAUAGUGGUCACAUUCAACCCUCGCCGAGGCAAACCCCCAGGAAGGGGCGUCGGAGCGGCUCAUCCAAUGGGUAUGUUCCAAGCUGAUGAUGAUGACUACAGCGUGCGUACUAUCUGGCCUGAAGAACUGGCCAAGAAGAUGACCCAUACUAAAGCCCAAAAGAAUCACUGUGCCGGGAUGGGAGCAGGAGUCGGGAAGACUUGUACAAGCCAGGCCCAAAAUGGCAGUAACGGAACAGGCCUUGUCCUCUUGGACUGUCAAAACCUCCAAGAAUAUGCACAGUCUCAGCUCACAGACCACGCCGGCCGACGGCGGCUCCAGCAGGGCAAAAUGGCUGCCCUUGAUUUCAUGGGCUGCAGGUCAGGACCUGGGUAUGAUGAAGGCCGGAAUUCGCUGAAGAGGCUUUUGAAAAGAGCAGAAGAUGGAGGACUGGACGACGGUCUAGAGCAAGAUGGAGACACGGCAUAUCCUCAUUCCCCCUCUCCCCGCUCUGCCUCCCCACCAUCACCUGUGUCCUUUUCACCUCCACCGUCUGCCCCCAGCACACUCAUCAAACCCAAACCCUGGCAGAGAGACAGGGAGGGAGGACACUCUCUGCCAUCAGCUCAGUCCCUUCACCUGGCCCUGAACUCCCUGAACAGAGAGCAAGAUGAGGAGAACAGCAGAAUGCAUCUUUCCCUGCCACUCUCCUCGUCAUUACCGGCAUCUCUGUCCGAUGAGAGUGUGAUGACUCCUGAUGCGGAGAAUGCUGUGGUCAGUCCCAUCCUGCCCUUCCUCUUUCUGGGGAACGAGAGAGACGCCCAAGACCUGGACCUGCUGCUGCGCCUCAACAUUGGCUACGUGGUCAACGUAACCACACACCUUCCCCUCUACCAUGUCAACUCUGGACUGCGCUACAAAAGGCUGCCAGCCACCGACAACAGCAAGCAAAACCUUCGACAGUACUUUGAAGAGGUUUUUGAGUUCAUUGAGGAGGCAUAUCAGAGUGGACAGGGAGUGUUGGUACACUGCCAGGCAGGCGUGUCUCGUUCUGCAACCAUCGUCAUUGCCUACCUUAUGAAGCACACCCUCAUGACAAUGACAGAUGCCUACAAGUAUGUGCGGAGCCGCCGACCCGUGGUGUCCCCAAAUCUAAACUUCAUGGGCCAGCUUUUGGAGUUCGAGAGGGACCUCAACUCCGGGGUGACUCCACGCAUCCUGAUGCCUAAACUUAACGGUGUGGAGACGCAGGUGUGAAAAAUGUCAGAGGUUAGGGAGCGCGAAGGGUAACCGCAGGUGAGAGAUCCAAGUGGCAUUAAUGAGCGUGAAAGAAAGAGUGCAGCACAUUUCAGAAGAGAGACAUGAUGAGGAGUUUUACAGCUGGAAAAUGUUGGCGUGUUCGGCAGUUAGUGCACUUUUAACGCUGUGAAACAUGAGACAAAAGACUGGAUGGUUCAUUUGUUUAAGUAGUAACUCUUAGACAACUUGAUCAUCAUCCAGUAUACUGUUUAUAAGAUAAUGUGCCAAUAUUUUGUAUAGACCUAACAUCACUCUCAGAUAUCUGAUUUCUUUUUUUUUGAUGCCUCUUCCUUUUUGUUCCCAUCAUUUACAUUCACAGCCACACACACCACAACGAUACAGUUGCCAUUAAUCACAAAUGCAUGCAGAAGGAGAUCGCAAAUGUGGAAAGGGUCCACUGGUAAUGUCUUUCUUACUUCAUCGACAACAUCGCCACAUGUAGCAACACACAGGUUAUUACAAUGCACUUUAGUCCCCAUCUGUUUCUUAAAUUUGUUAUCACCAACUGAAUAGUCACAAGGACAAGAGGAAUUUGUCACACAGACCUCAGUCAUUAUUUUUGGUUUAUUAUCAUGUUUAUGGGUUAUUUUCCUAUUUGAACACUGUGCAAUACAGUAGCAUGGACCUAGUAGGGAGUAGCAUUAACCUUGCAAAAGAGACAAACAUUGAAAUGUCUUAGGAUGGUUUUAUUUCAGUGAGGGAGCCAGCAUAUUAGCAAAGAAAAAGUAAAACAUUUGAAAUAAGGCUUUGCAUUCUCAUGAGUGAGACGCUCGCAGGUUAAUACACUGAAAUAAGCUCAUCAUAAAUAUAUUUAUUACUGAGCUGAAACCACAACUCAACAGUUCUUUCAAAGAUUUAUUUUAUACACACUAUAAUUUACAGCAUACUCGCCUGGAGGUGUGGGUUGGCAGGUUCUGUCCUGCUGUUAUAAUGUGCUUUAAACAACAGACCUUCUCCAACUGUGCACUAUUUAUUCCAUGGUUAAUUCAUAAGAGAGAUGCAUUAUUUUUAUUCGUUUUUUUUUUUUAUAAUGUACAAAAAAACUUGUUUAAUGUUCAGCAUGAAAACAGACCUGUUAUGGUGCACGGACAGAUAUUUCUUAGAAUUUAAAAUAGCACAUGGCAGUUUAAUUUAUUGGAGACAGUAACAGCAAAUAGGCAACAUUUAGCAUCCUGCUUAACCUGUCUGGUCAGGAACAUAGAGCCAAGCUAUUUAUUUUGUGUUAUGGUGAAAAAACUGUGUGAAAGCUUUUAUUUUUUAGUUUCUGAUCUUAACUGGCCUCUGGUAAUCUUGUUGCAGUUUACAGAGUUAUUUUCCCAGCUGGAAUCACAAUUCCAGAAAGGGAAUACUUUGGAAAAUGUAUAUUUUCAUGGCUUACACUACCUUACCUAAAUCAUGAAGACUCUAAAAGCCAAAUCUACUUUAUAUUUCAUUAUUUUAAUGCCUGAGAGUGUCACACAGAGGUGGUGAUGUCUUCUCUGAUUAACUGAUGCCUGUGUUGUCAUUCCCUAAUAGUUUUGUUUGUUUGUUUGUUUGUUUUUUGCCUUAUUGUCCUUACUGAACUUCUUAACUGUCCCUCAUGACUAUGCAUUCAUUUUUUUAUUGUGAAGGCUUUGGUUAGAUUAGAGAAGGUUCCUUGAUUCACCAUUAACUAUUCCUCUUUAUUGUUGAGCUUCAAGUCUGAGUCCUAUUCAGUCAGUACACGCUAAAUAAAAGUUACAGGUCGUGUACAGAUGACCUGCACACUCAAUAAUCUCUGUUAGGUUUAGCAAAAAACACAUCACUAGACGUAGGAAGAAAUGAGAAAUGGACCUUUCUCAUUUCAAAACAGGUGAAAAACUUAAUUCUGCAAAAGUGAUUCAUAAUUAAUUUAAUUGCAGACUGACUCCAGUUCUCUUAAAUUUGGGCCAUGAGUGGCAUGAAACAAUGUGAUACAGACUGCGUCCAUCUUUGACUUGCAGGAUGUUGAAAGUAUCAUGGUUUCCAUAUAAUAUCACUUAAUUCAUUUUAAGGGGAGGAUCAGUGAUCAGCAGAAAAAUGACAUAAUCUCUUAGCUAAAAAUGAGAAUUAUUUUGCACAUUUUCUAAACUGAUGCCAUACAAUUUUUAGCAUGCUAAAAAUUUCCCAUGUGUCAAUUGUUAAACAGUAUCAAAUAUGACAUAAGUUCUUUUAUGCAAGGGUGUAGAAAGAGGGGACACUUGUGCUCUUAUUAUUUUUAUUUACUUGUGUUCUCUUCUCUUGGUCGUGUAAAAACAGUGGAAAUAAAUGUUUGUGCAGACUGACGGGGACACCUGUGCACUCUGAAAGUCCAGGGAUGAUUACACAGUAGAUACUUUGACAUUUUAAAUAGGGAGGGCUUGUGUGUCCAUAAACAACCAAACAAAUCAAAAUCAGAGUGUAUGUGACUCAAUAGAAACUUUCCUCCUGAGUGAAGAGUUUCCAAACCUUCUCAGUAUUUUUUUUUUUAUUAUUAUUGUAAUAUUUUAAUUAAACUGCAGUUGCCCCCUUUUCCAUACUUUAACUGAUUAACAAAAUGCCCUGCUACAAUUUUCUAAAACCAAAAUGCCUUCAGUUUAGCCUUGUGUAAUUUGGUUCUCCGGUGUUGUCAUUAUAAAUAUGACUUUGUAAAAUGAUCCUGAAUUUUGCUUGUUGGAUUUAUUUUCUGGCUAAGUGACUUUGAUAUAGGCGAUAUAUUUUUCUACAGUCAAACUUCUUCAUCAUGUUGGGUAUACACAUAUAUCUGUGUAUCAACCAUUUUUUACAUGAAUCUUUCUUUUAUAUGAAAGGCCAUUUGAACAGAAUGACAUCUUCCAGCUCCUGCAGUGACAAUGCAGAUCUUCAGCUGUGCUUUACGUUGCAGUAUUUACACUUUUCACUGUUAUCAGACCUCAGUAAACUUUCGUCAAUCAUACCGUACUCCUGUUUUCACCUCUCGCCUGUAUUACAGCUGGAGAGACUUCAACCAAACAUGAUGUUUCACUCCUCCAGUCUCUCCAGCUCAGCUCACAGUAGGUAUAGUGUUAACCUUUGAAUAGGGCCUGUUGCUAUUUGCUCCUUGAUUUUUAUACAGACUUUAUAUGCAAAAUGGCUGUCGAAACAAUUUCUUUAAUUCCAUGCUGUAUGGACUUGCUGUACAGUUGAGUCAAUGCUGACCUCAGACGUUUGUACUCGAGAGACACAUCGAAGGAAGCUGAACAUUUUCUCUUUAAUUCAUAUGAAGGGCCAGUGUCUCUGUGAGUGUCAGUGUGUGUAAAAAUCUUUUGUUUGUGUUUUGCACUUGAACAGAGGAACGUUGUUACUGUAUGUAUGAUAACUUUUUGAGAACAGUGUAUAUCCGUGCAUUGCUUAUUCGUGGGAACUGAAUUAUUCCUGUUUGUAUUUUAUUGCUCAUUUUUAAACAUUGUGUUAUUUCCUGUACCAAAUAUUGAAUUGAAGGAUGCUAAUUCAUAGGAAUGAUGACGAUGAUGAUGAUGAUUCAAGGAAAAAAGCAGACCACCUCCUUCCUUUUCCAACGGGGGUAAGAACUCUUCAGGUAUGACUAUCAUAGUAAUGCUGUGCUGUUUCACCCCCGCCGUCCCACCUCCUCCAGAGACCCAAAAACUCACGUUAUCUAACCUGUGAUUCUCUUCAGUCACCCCCUCCCUUUUCAUAAUGGAUUGUUUCUCUUGAGCAAAUGUAAUAUUUUCAUAUUGUAGUAACUGGUCCUUGUAUUUAGACAAAUGUUUUUACCUUCAUGUACUGACUAUACUCUUCAUAAUUCUUUGAGGUGCACUGUGACUAAUACAAUGCUGCUAUAUCACAAGGACUUUUAUUUUGUACGUCACAUUUUGCAGAUGCAAAGUGGUGAGUAUCGCUAAAGGUGUCCGAUACAAAGUGGGCUCGAAUACAGAAGCCCUGCUUACGUUGUUCCAAUUCAAUCCAGGCUUCAUUGUGCUGCCUCAGUGCAGUGUAUUAAUCUCAGAGUGACUGUGUGGAUCUGUAGCUUUUCCUGUUGGUCUUCCUUACACGCAUGAUAGAAAGAAAAGAGAAAGUAAAAUGUAGCAGUAAGAUAUUUUAAAAUCCCAUCUCAUUGGUCACUGUGGUUAAAUAAAACUGUGAUGUUGCUUUUUCUGCAACAGUUUUAAUUUUGGCAGAAAUUUUGUCUUAUGUUUGGUGGUAGUUUUAUGGCUGUCUGUUAGUGACAGUAUAUGAGAAAAAUGGGAAGAUGUGACAUCAAUCUAGACUGUGUCCAGAUAUCAGCACUCAUCAGAAAAAUACAGUGAUUGAAUUGACUUAAAAACUGUUGAGUUAAAACAUAAAUCCUGCAACUGAAAUUUAUACAAGAUUUGUAUUACAUUAUGUUUACUUCAAGUGCAUGUGUUUGCUGCAGUGCUGACAUGUGCAGUAUGUUGCUUUAAGUUUUCAUUCAUUUCUUGGGGGAAAUGAAACACAUCAGUGAAAAGGAUGUAAACACAGGAUUGAUCUCAGAAUAAUUCUACUCAUUGUUUUAGCCAUGCUAGCAUGGUACAAACUGAAAAAGCUCAACAACUAUUGGAUGGAUUGCCAUUAAAUGUUGUACAGACACUCCCCAGAGGAUGAAUCUCUCUGAGUUUAGUAACUUUUCUUGUUAUGCCACCAUGAAAUGAGACUGUUAUUUUUAUUGGAAAAUCUCAAUUGGGAUAUUGGACACAUUGCCAUUAAACUUGGUUCAGACAUUCUCAGUCCCCAGAGGAUGAUCAUCAAGGGGUCUUUUUUUUUUAAUCCAAUACUUUGGUUUAUGACCAAAUACCUGCAAAAUUAAUGACAUUCCUACAGGCCUCAGUUGUACUUUGUGUUUAGUCCUAAACUGCAAAUGUUAGCACGCUAACAGGAUAAUCUAAGAUGUUCAAUAUAUACCAGUUAAACAUGCUAGCAUUAUCAGUGGGAGCAUGCUGACAUUAGCAUUUAGGCCAAAGCACUGCUGUGCGUAAGUUGCUAACAUGGCUAUUGUCUCGUGUUUUAAAUGUACAUACAUCUCAAAAAUGUACAAAACCUGCAUUUUACGCAUAUUAACAUUAGUGUGAUACAAUCUGCUAAAUUUUAACAUGCAUCCACAACCUGCACAUGUUUCAGUUGCAAGAUUUCACUUGAUUUUAGCUCCUUGAUUGAUGAUGUCAUGAUUGUUUUUUGACUGAUUAACCAAGUAGCAAUCUGCCAGAGGAAAUCCUUUAGUGUUAAAAUACUCUGCUUAAAUUCAGUAGCAUUUAUAUACAAUGUAUGUAGUUGAUCUAAUGUGAUAAUGUGAUGUCAAGUACUAUUAAAAUAGAAUUGGUUGACAAAAUGAAUACUGGACAACAAUAAUACCUAUUACAAUGUCACUGAUACAGUCAAAGUUAUAAACCCACAUCUGUAGGCUAGACAAAGAUCAAUUAUAAUUUAUAUGUUUGCUUUGCCUGAAGUCAGAGUAAGUUUGAUUUAGUUUGCUUCCUCAUAGUAUUCUUAGCGUACAUGGGCUUUGGGGCUUAUAAACUGUGAGAAUCUUGAGUAGAUCUCAGAAAUAGAAGUCCAAAAAAUGAAAUGCAUCUAUAAAUCAUCUUGUAGCACAAAAUAAUAUGCAAAAAGUCAAGUGGAGUUAUACUGAAAUACUUUUCAGAGAAUUUGUAGCUAGCAAGUAAGCCAGUGUCAAGAUUAUUAUCUUAAAUACACAUAGGCCUUCCAUGCCUCCAGGACUUCCCAGAGAUGAAUGAAGUGUGGAAGCUUGAGGUUUAGAACCUGUGCAAAAGGUUUUGACAGCAAAAGCAACUGACAGAAAAGUGAUGUGUGUAGAGAUUGAUCAUUGGUUUAGAUGUGACUAUACUUUGUGGCAUGACGUCAAAUUCCAGGCAGGACAGUUGUGCAAUACAUAGGCACAGUAGCUGCAUAAAGAGGUGUGAAAAUCAAGGUCUUUCAUGGAAGCGCUCUGUGGACAGUUGCUGCUCUGAAUGAGAGACAAACCCAGUUCACACAUGUAUUUUCUCUUCCAUUUCUUACAUGUUUGAUUAGCAGCAGCUCUGAUUAAUCUGGUUCCUGUGUUGGUGACAUGACUGAAGAUUUCCCAUCAAGUGAUUCAAUUGCUGUAUUGUCUUCUCUUUUGUUGGUUAUAGCUGAAUAUGAUAAUGUUACCAUAAUAGCAUCCUAAAGUGUGCAGUACAAAACCUGAUGGCUGGAUUGUGAAGUUGUUCUCCAUGUUCAUUUCUAGUAAACACACUGGAACUGGCUCUUUUAAUAAAAAACCUGUUCAAAGAUCA